AUGGAUCUGGAAGAGACAACUCCGACAGCUAUGGUUCAGGAAGAGACAAUUCCGACUCUUAUGGUUCCAGUAAGACUGAUUCUUAUGGUUCAGGAAGAGAAAAUUCUGACUCUUACGGCUCAAGCAAGUCCGACUCUUAUGGAUCUAGCAAGACUGACUCUUACGGUUCAAGCAACACCGACUCAUAUGGAUCUGGAAGAGACAAUUCCGACUCUUAUGGUUCCAAUAAAGGAGACCAAUCUUAUGGUUCUGGAAGAGGAAGUGACUCCUAUGGUUCUUCUAGAGACGACUCCUAUGGCUCUUCAGGAAGAGGCGACUCUUACGGUUCUUCUGACAAGUACGGUUCUUCUGGAAGAGACACUUCAGACUCUUAUGGUUCCAGUAAGGGAGACCAAUCCUAUGGCUCUUCUGGAAGAGGCGGAGACAGCUACGGCUCCUCGAAUAGGGAUGAUGAUGACUCCUAUGGUUCUUCCGGUAGAGGUGGAGACAGCUAUGGUUCUUCCGGCAGAGGUGGAGACAACUAUGGUUCAUCGAGAAACGACGACUACUAAGUAUGAAAUUGAGAAUUAUCUUCUGCUAAGUUGUAAUUGGACAGUGUCUCAACUAAUAAGUUGUAAUCGAACAAUAUUUCUACUAAGUUGUACUUCAACAUUAGUUCCACUCAGUGUACUUCAACAUAAUUUCUACUAA